GGAAGAGGACCGACCCUGAACCGCCGCACUCAAGUUUAUUUCUUUUGGAUGACUUAACAGUUCAACAAAAGACAAUUGAGCAACAAUAUGGCACAUGUAAUAUAGCUAUAGACGUUUCAUUUUUGAAAACGAGAAAAGCUUGAAUUAAAAAGCUGAUUCUCUGUGACAUGGCAAAUCGCGAACGUAACAAAAAGAUUCUGCUAGAACUUGCCAAACAACCGGACAACAAUCGCUGCGCGGAUUGUGGCUCCCCUGAUCCAGACUGGGCCUCAUACAAAUUAGGAGUGUUUGUGUGCUUGAACUGCUCCGGGACUCACCGCAACCUGCCCACAGUGAGCCGGAUCAAAUCCAUACGCCUCGACUUCUGGGAUGAUGAGCUGGUACAGUUCAUGAAGGCCAAUGGUAAUAGUUCAGCUCGAGCCUUCUAUGAAAAGGAUGUCCCAGCUUUCUACUAUCGGCCCCAGCCUGGCGACUGCGACAUUCUGAGGGAGCAGUGGAUCAGGGCCAAAUAUGAACGGUUAGAAUUUACUGGAGAGAACAGUCUUCACCAGAAGGUCUACACGUCAAGUGUUCGUGAAGGAGUCCUCUGGAAAAAGGGGAAGGACAAUGGACAUUUUCAAAAGAGGAAGUUUGUACUGUCACUGGAAGAUUUCACCCUAAAAUACUUCACCAAGGAGGAUGAAUCAAAGGGCCCCAAAGAUGUAAUCUCGAUACAGGACCUAAAUGCUUCUUUUCAGCCACAGAAAAUCGGUCAUGCACAUGGCCUUCAGAUCACUUACUUGAAGGAUGGCUUCACUCGAAACCUGUUUGUGUACCAUGAAAGUGGACAGGAGAUCGUAACCUGGUUUAACACCAUUCGAGCCAUGCGUUUUGCCUAUCUGAAGACAGCUUACCCCAGUGCCAGUGAUAAGGAGCUAUUGCCUCAGAUUACGAGGAACUACCUCAAAGAGGGUUUUAUGGAAAAGACAGGCCCAUCACAUCGAGAGCCGUUUAAAAGAAGAUGGUUUAUCCUCGAUGCUGUGGACCGAAAGUUGCUUUAUUUUAAAACUCAACUGGACGCUGAGGAGCUCGGUGUGGUCUUUCUCGGCACAGAGAAGCAUGGCUACUCGGUGAAGGAGAGCUCCACCGCGGGGGCCCGAGGCAACAAGUGGAAGUGCGCCCUGGCGGUGGAGACGCCCGACCGGGUGUUCCUCUUCAUGUGUGAGCAGGAGCGCGAGCAGCGAGAGUGGAUGGAGGCCCUCCGACAGGUCAUCUCCACCCCAAUGCUACCUCAUGACUACACCACUGAAGCAUGUAUCAGACGUCGAAGAUGACCAUGGCAAAUCCAAAGACAAAAUAAUUUCCAGAAAGUGAUUCCAAGUUGUAUCCUCUGAGGAGAUAUUCAUAGUUUACAAGACAAGAUAUUAUAUAUUGUACCAUGUAUAUAUAUAUAUAUAUAUAUUCCCCCCCACAAUAGUCACAUUGUGUUUU